AUGCCCGCGGAGGAAGGCCCCGUGAACCUCCUCGGAGGGGGCAAAUCGCUCCACGCGACAGAGGGCGCGAUCGCGAACGGCGUGCGCGUGCACCGCACGCACGUCAUCACGACCGCGGCGACCGAGGACCAAGUCCGACGAACCGUGAUCCUCGUGGGCGUCAAGUUUCUCCUGGGGCCGACGUUCGGGGGCGACGAUUACCGCGACGCGAUCCUCCCUCACGACGUCGCGCGAUGGUGCGCGGAGCAGUGCGGCGCGACCGUCCUCAAGGUGCACCUGCGCCCGCCCGUGCAGGCGUGGGUCGAGUUCGACACCGAGGAGGGCGCGGCGAACGCGUUGGCGAUGAGCGGCGCGACGUUCCCGUUCAAGAGCCAGCACGCCCCGGGCGGGCGGCUCAAGAUCAAUCCCGGGACGCACGGCGAGAUGAUAAAAGGCGCGAGAGACCACCUGAACACGCCGAGCUGGGCGACGCUCAUCCCGGAGCGCCUUCGAGGCCGCGAGACGGACGCGGGCGAGAGGAGCGCGGCGUCCGUCGUCGACGCCGCGCGAUUCGCGAAUCCGUUUUACGACGAAGACGUCGCCGCGUACGAGCGCUAUCACCGGCGCCUCGCGGAGGCGUACGUCGCGAACGCGACCGCGGGGAACCGCGCGGAAGAGGCGCGGAAGAAGUUGUUCCGGUGCGCGGCGAUGAACGACGUGGACGCGCUCGAGGACGCGAUAUUCGACGGCGGCGCGGAUUGCGACGACGUCAACGGCGUCGACGGCGGGAAAACCGCGUUGCACUACGCCGUCGCGUCGCGCGCGCGCGACGCCGUGGCGUGCCUGCUCGAUCACGGCGCGAACCCGUCGAUCGUGGACGCCAACGGCGUCGCGCCCGCGGACGCCGCCACCGGCCGCGACGCGAUGAUCGAGGCCGCGCUGGACGUGGCGACGACCGAACGCCGCGAGAUGCGUCGAAUCGCGGACGCCGUCGCCGCCGGGCGAUUCCACGUCGACGUCGGGGAUUUGAACGCGCCGCCGCCUCCGCGCGCGCCGCUUCACGCGGCGAUCGCGGAAGGUAAGAACGCGAUGGUUCGAUUCUUGAUGGCGAUGGGCGCGAGCGUCGUGAAGGGCGACGGCGACGCGGGGGGUUCGCCGUUGGGCGCCGCGGCCGAGGCGGGGAACCACCGCGCCGCGCGUCUGCUGCUCAUGAAAGGCGCGCCGCCGGAGGGCGGCGGCGGCGAUCGGAGACCGCCGCUUCUGGAGGCGCUCGGAGGGGUGAGAGCGCACGGGUCGAGAGGCGGGCACGCGAAGAUCGCCAAGGCGUUGAUCGACGAGUUGAAACGUUGGCGCGGGCUGGGGUUCCGCAUCUUUUUCAUCGCGGACUCGAUCCAGCUCAGGACGGUGAUCGACACCGUCCCCGGGCCGCUCGUCGCCCUUUCGCCGCCGCCGCGAUCUGGGUCCACCAAGUCCUCCUCCCGCGACCGCGCGUCGACCACAACCUCCGCCGUCGCCGCGAUCGCGGCCACCUUCCUCGCGGCCUCGUCCGCGGACCCGCCGACCAUGCGUUAG